GUAUGCACUUUCCAAGACCUUGGCAGAGGAAGUUGCACAGAGAUUCACAAAAGAGAAUGGGAUUGAAUUGGUGACACUGCAUCCAGGGUUAGUCAUUGGUCCUAUCUUGCAUCCAACUCUUAGUUUCUCAUCGGAUGCAAUUUUUAACAUUAUAAAAGAAGGAAAGGAAGCAAUGGCUAACGGAAUAUAUAGGUUGGUUGAUGUUAGAGAUGUCGCACUUGCACAUAUCAAAGCAUUUGAGAAUCCUUCGGCUAGCAGGAGAUACUGUUUGGUUGAGGUAGUAGCGUACUCUUAUGUGGCUCUCAACAUUGUACACAAGCUUUUCCCUUCUCUUCGGAUUCCUGACAAAGGAAAACAGGAGUUGCCUUUCGUCGCACCCUAUCAAGUCUCCUGGGAAAGGGCGGAAGCAUUGGGCGUUAGUUUCACGCCCCUCCGAAAUCACCCUCAAAGACACUGUGGAAAGUUUUAG